AUGGAAUCCAAGAAGAAAACUCCAAGCGACCCGAGCCUUCACGCCAGGCAGAUUGAGUAUAUCGCAGAGGAUACGCUCGAGAAGCAUGAUCCAGCAUUCAAUGCGGCUAUCAAAGGUCAAGCUACCACCGGGUAUGAAGAGCUGGGGGUCGUGGAGACAAUCAAAACUUUCAAGCUUUGCACACUUGUAUGCUUUGCCAUGGCCUUUAGUGCGGCAACCGAUGGGUACCAAAUUGGAAUCAAUGCCAGUGUUAUUGCCAACACCGGUUUCAUUAGUCGCUUCGCCACAACUGUCGGCAAAGACGGAAAGCCUGCACUCGCGUCGCCCAUCCUCAGCGGCUGGAGUGCAAUAAUGUCUUGUGGUCAGAUCCUUGGCAUGACUACUUUGCCAUUUCUAUCGAGCAGAUAUGGAAGAAAGCCUGCCAUGUUUACCUACUGGAUCGUCAUAGUCGGGAGUGUGCUCACCGAGUGUCUUGCGAGAUCAUGGCAAGGCUGGUUGGUUGCAAAGUUUCUGGCAGGAAUAGGCGUUGGAUGUUUGCAAUCGACUGUUCCAACAUAUAUAUCUGAGGUCGCACCUACUCGCAUUCGCGGAGGCUUGUUGAUGUGCUAUAGCUUCUGGUGGACAUUGGGCUCCUUCUUCGCCCAAGUCGCUCUUCAACAUCUCUCAAAAAGCGACAAGACAAACUACCUCACGCCUAUCUACACGCAGUGGGCGCAGGUCGGGAUCAUGUUGUUGAUUUAUGUAUUCAUUCCCGAGUCUCCAGCCUGGUGCGUUAAUACCGGGAAGCACGACCGAGCCAAGAAACAACUCCUUAUCCUCAACCGUGGUGUACCGAAUUAUGACUUGGAGCGACAGUUCCAAGCUUUGGUUAUGGCCGUGGAGCACGAACGUGAAGUCGCAGCUGAGCAACGACGCGAAAAGUGGUAUGCAAUUUUUCAGGGAACCAACGGCCUACGCACUGUUAUCUCCUGCUGGACCAACCUCAGUCAGCAGUUGAUUGGCCUAAGUCUCUUCGGGACAUUUGGAACAUACUUCUUUCAACAGGCUGGAUUGGAAGACCCCUUCAAGAUUGAAGUCAUCACCAACUCGAUUCAGAUCGCGACUGAGACUACUCGCGUGCUCAGGGACGACCAUAUGCUGGUUAUCCUGUAUGGCUAUCGGCAUUAUCGGGAUGUUGGCUUGGCCGCCAACGGUGCUACUGGCUGGGGAUAUAUCGGGGAGGUCUCAUCUCAGAGGCUCCGACCUUAUACCGCCGGGUUCGCGGCAGCGGUGACCUGUGUUGCUGGGGUCAUGAUGAAUGUGCUCAUUCCAUAUAUGACAAACAGUAAUAAAUGGAACUGGGGCUUAAAAACGGGCUGGUUUUAUUUUGGCGUCGGACUUCCGUUCGUUGUCGGCAUGUGGCUGCUGAUUCCAGAGACUUCUGGACGAUCGGCUGCUGAGCUCGAUGAACUAUUCGAAAGAAAGAUCAAGCCUUGGCGAUUCCACAAGACAGAAACGGCUACGCAGCGGCUCGUUCAUCUCAGUAAGGCGGAGGACAACUGA